GAGUCGGUCCCUGAUUGAGUCAUCGAUUGGACGCUACACCAACAGCGAACAGCGUCAUCGUCGACUUUGACCUCUGCCGCCCCUCCCUCGGCUCCCACGCAAAAACUCAGGCAAAACACAAACACAACGCACAGCCGCCCACCAUGUCCAAGGCUGCCAAAGCCGCCGGCCAAAAGGCCAAAAAGGCCGGCGCUGAGGAGAAGCGCGAGGACGUGCUGCAGGCCGUGGUGCUGGCCGACUCGUUCCAAGACCGCUUUGCGCCCUUUUCGCUUGAGCGCCCGCGCUGCCUGCUCCCGCUGGCAAACACGCCCCUGAUCGAGUACACGCUCGAGUACCUGGCCAUGAACGGCGUCGCCGAGGUCUUUGUCUACUGCGGCAACCACACGGACCAGGUCGAGCAGUACAUCGCCGACUCGCCACGCUGGAGCCCCUCGGGUCGCCGUAGUCCCUUCUCGCUGCUCGAGUUUGUGCGCGUCAACGACGCCUCGUCGCCCGGCGACUUUUUGCGCGACCUCGACGGCCGCGGCUUGAUCUCGGGCGACUUUAUCCUCGUACACGGUGACCUCGUCGCAAACAUUCCGCUCGACGCCGCCCUGACGGCCCACCGCCGCCGCCGCGAGGCCAACCGCGACGCCAUCAUGACCAUGGUGCUGCGCGAGAGUGGCAAGUCCACCGCCCACCGCACAAAGUCCCAGCCCGUCACCCCCGUCUUCGCCAUCGACGCCGCCGACGGCCGCUGCCUGCACUACGAGGAGCUGAGCCCCGGCCAGGCCGACCGCUACGUCCGUCUCGACCCGGCCGUGCUCGAGCACGGCACCGUUGAGCUGCGCGCCGACCUGAUCGACUGCGAGAUCGACAUCUGCACCCCCGACGUUCUUGCCCUCUGGUCCGACAGCUUCGACUACGAGUCGCCCCGCCGCAACUUCCUGCACGGCGUCCUCAAGGACUGGGAGCUGAACGGCAAGCUGAUCCACACCGAGGUCGUCUCGCGGGGGUACGCCGCCCGCGCCGCCAGCUUGCGCCUCUAUGAAUCCGUCACGCGCGAUGUCGUCGGCCGCUGGGCUUUCCCCAUGGUGCCCGACAACAACCUGGUCCACGGCCAGGACUACUCGCUACGCGCCGGCUUCGUCUACGCCGAAAAGGGCGUCAAGUUCGAGGCGGGAAGCCACGUCGACCGCUCCGUCGUCGGCAUGAAGUCGGUGGUUGGCCCCGGCAGCACCGUGUCCAACAGCGUCGUCGGCUGCAGGUGCUACAUCGGGAGCAACGUCGUUAUCGAGGACAGCAUAAUCUGGAGCGACGCCACCAUCGAGGACGGCGCCGUCAUCAAGAGGUCUAUAGUGGCCGGGUCUGUCACUAUCGGCAGGGGCUGCACCCUCCCCGAGGGCUCGCUCGUCUCGUUUGGUGUCCACAUUGGUGACGGCGUUUCGCUGCCACCAAAAACGACACUCUCACUGCUCACCCACGACCGUGUGCUGGCGGAUUCCAACAAGACUUUGCUGGGUCCGUCGGGCAAGGGUGCCGUGUACAAGUAUGACGACGACGACGACCAAGGCGAUGAAGAAGACGUGGAUGAGCUGGAUCCGGCAGUGCUCCAAAGGUCAUUGAUCUACUCGCUAGAGCACCUCAACAUCUCCUCCUCGUCCAUCUCAUCAUUCGACUCGGUCUUUGACGAAGACGACGACGAGGCCGGUAUGGGAGCCGGCCCCGGGGGUCUGAGCGUCCCGCACGGCGAGAGGCACAUGUCCUUCUCGUCGGUCAACUCGGGCGGCAGCGGCGGCGAGGGCGUCAGGUCUACGUUCCACACCGACGCCGUCACCAGCCUCGUCGAAGCGCUCCGGUCCGAGGACGCGUCGGACCUGGACGCGGCCAAGCUCGAGUUCAUGGGCCUCCGGCUCGCCAACGACGCCUCGGACGCCCAGGUCCGCCGCGCCAUCGCCACGGCCCUGGUGCGCACCGCCGUCGAGCUCAUGACGCUGCCGGCCGCCCCGCUCGAGCCGUCCAAGGCGGCCGAGCGCGCCCUCAAGGCCAAGAAGGGCACGGCAAAGUUCGUCGCCGAGGUCGGCGUCGGCGAGGACCAGCCCGCCUUUGCGCUGGCCCUGCACAAGGCCGCCGCGGGGAGCAGCGUCGUCGAGCCCGCCCGCGCCGGCGCCCUGCUGUCGGCCCUGCUGCAGCAGCUGUACGCGGCCGACGUGCUCGAGGACGACGGCAUCAUGGCCUGGUGGGAGGCCUCGGCCGACGCCGUCACGGCCGCCAGCGGGCCCGGCGGCGGCGAGCGCAUGGCGGCCGUGAGGGAAAAGUGCCAACGGCUGGUCGAGUGGCUGCAGGAGGACGACGAUGACGACGAUAGCGAUGAAGAUGACGAUUAGAGGGGGAAAAGGACGCCACAAUAAGAAGAAUCUAGUCAAAUAGAAAAAAAGAAAGAAAAAGAAAAGAAAAGCAAAGCAAAGGAAAACAAGAGGGAAUGGGAGACAGGAGUUACCAAAAGGAAGGGCAUGGGCACAUUAACAACGUACAUAGGGAGCAGGCAGGGUUCUUUAGGCAUAUUCCAUCGACAUCUGGGACGGCUCAAACCACCACAAGGCAUUUCAACUCAAGUAAAUUUGGCAGAUGCGACGCGAAUUUUAUACAGAAAAGCCGACUGGCCACAGUCCCGGAUUCAUAAAACCAUAUAAAACACCAUAGUCCGCCCGCCCAUCCUCAUUCCUCCUCGGCGCGGGUUCCCGAGGCUGUUGUACCUCGCAGACCUCGGCCUGACUGCGCCCGUCAUUAUCCUACUGCAGCCCUCGCUGUCCCUUUCCGUGCUCUCGCCCCAAAAGCGUCAUGAUAAAAUUUGGUUUAUUCACGGGGCCACCCCCGGAUCCUUUAUUUUUUAUUGCCGUCGCUGGACGCCCGAGAGGCGUUGCGACCUUUUGUUUGGUUGGGGUUUGUCGUGCGUGUCCAGCACCAACUUAUUUGGCGUUCUUCUUGGCCAUA